GUCGCCGGCCCCAGACUGACACUUCCAGUAAUCAGCAACCCCGGCUCGAUACAGGCUUUUUUGGGAUUUCUCCCGGCUCGGUACAGGCUGCUUUGGGAUUUGACUCGGGAUUCAUAUGUUGGCAUGGAUGAAGCAAAAUCUCUCUCCAUUGAUGUGUGGCAAGUGAUGGUCAGGAAGCCUGGGAAAGUUUGUCGGAAUCUCUUUGGCCCGGUCAAUCGGGAUCAGGUAAAAGCUGAGCUCCGAACUGAGCUGAGGAAUGGGCUGGUCGCAGCCAGGAAUCAGUGGGCCUUUGACUUUGAAGAGGAGCAGCCUGUGCAGGGGGCCUUCCAGUGGGAGGCAGUGUCGAGUCAGGACGUCCCACGGUUCUACAGAACCUCUGUGCUUGGGGCUCGGCGAAAGGAAUUGCCAAGCCCACUGGGCCUGAGAGGUGAGGCUGAGGAGAGGAAGGUGUCACCACAGCAGGAUUCAAACCCACUGCGCAAACCUCACAACCGCAAGAGGAAGCAAACUGUCAUCACAGAUUUCUACGCACUGAAACGAAGGUUCGAACCUCUGGAUCCUGAGUCCAAACCAUAAGGCCAACACGCUGUGAUGUCAUUGAGUAGACUGCUGCCUUGCUUCCUCUGCCCAGAGUUCCCUGGGAAACACUGAGCAUCUGUGGCUGGAUGCCUGCCCCGCAGAAUUUUGACUCUUUGCUCUGUUACCAGGGCAGUCCACCAGUUCAUUAGCAUUUAAUCUGACUGACGGACCCCUCCCUGUCCCCUUAACUACAACACCAUAGCCUCCCUUUGGCCUAUGGUGCUCUUGUCCAGGCUGCUGUAUGUCAGGCCUUUUGUAACCAUGGAAACUAGGACCUACGGAAACAUUCUCUCAAGAUUCCAUUAAGAGUUAACGGGUCGAAGUGAGAUGAACUGUUUCAAAGUCCCAGCAAGCCGGCCCUCACAGGACUGAACCUCAUGGGUCCUGGACCAUGUGGCACUGAGUGUUUCAGGCAGAUGAGCUGCUGCCCUUAUAACUUUUGUACACAGUCGAUCUCUGAAUGUAGAUAGUGCACAUAUGUCACCCUUCCAUAUCGUGUAAAAGGAGAGAUAAGAUGUGGGAAUGAACAGUGUGGGGGAG